UCACAAUAUGCGGAAGUGGCUUUUUUUUAAUUGUUUUUAGUGAUGAGCAUAGCGCACACCGGUGAAAUACGAUAAUACAAUGGACUCACAAGACUAAGCUGUUGGAUAAACAGCAGUUGGCUGUGUUAAAGCCCCCCCUCAGGUUUGUUGAUUUCUUGUUUUGAAUAGGAAACCCUUCCCGGCGUGUUGCUUCACCAUUGGCUGCCAUGGCCUUCUUUAUCCUCGCUCAUUAACACAGCUGUCAGUCCUCCGCUGGCUCAGCUGCAGCUCUCACGCCUGUUGUCCUCAUGUGUCAUCUGCAGCUGAGGACGCUGCUCUUCGGAGCCUGGCUGCUGGGAUACGUCUUCUUCCUCCUCUCCAUCAGGAGGAUGUGGACCGGGAAGUACGUCCGCAGCCCGCUGGCCCGGUCCCUCUUCUUGAACAUGGUGACCGAGAACGAGGCUGCGGCGACCGAGACUCAAGAGUGGUACCAGUGCGGUCCGGACCUGCUGGGAGAAUCUGUGCGGCCCCUGUUUGUGCAAAGCCACCUGGACUCAGACACCAAGGCUUUCCUGAAGCGGAGCGUGGAUAAGUCUGGCUGGCUGUUCACCCAGCUCUACCACUCUUUUGUAUCCACCUUCCUCAGCCCACUGGUGUCCCGCACCUCCAUCAAUGGGUUUCUGGGUCGUGGCUCUAUGUUUGUGUUUUCCCCGGAGCAGUUCCAGCAGCUGCUCCGCGUCGGACCAGAAUGGAGGUCUGACAGACUGCUGGACUUGGGUGCUGGGGAUGGUGCUGUUACCGGGGUGAUGGGAGCACAUUUUAGAGAGAUUUAUGCAACCGAGGUCUCUCCACCCAUGAAAUGGCAUCUUCAGAGGAGGAAUUACAAGCUGCUGGGGAUCGAUGAGUGGCAGUACAGUGGUUUCCAGUACGAUGUGAUCAGCUGUCUGAACCUGCUGGACCGCUGUGACCACCCCCUCCAUCUGCUGCAGGACAUCCGGCUGUCACUGGUUCCCAACACGGGGAGGCUCAUCGUGGCUGCAGUGCUUCCCUUCCAGCCUUAUGUGGAAGUCGGAGGAAAAUGGCAGCGUCCGAAAGAACAUAUAAAAGUACAAGGAAAAACCUGGGAGGAGCAAGUAACGAACCUGUCCAAUGAGGUCUUCCGAAAGGUGGGGUUUGAGGUAGAGGCUGUGACUCGGCUGCCAUACCUCUGUGAAGGAGACAUGUACAAUGAUUACUACGUUCUCGAUGAUGCUGUUUUUGUUCUCAAGGUUUCAGAGAGUACAUCGGAGUCUGCUUGAAAACCAAAAGCACUGUAAGAAACAUGGUUGGAUUUGAGUGCAAUUUUAAUUUAUACAACACAGUAUUUCUUUAGAAAUGGCGUGUCAGCUGUGAAGCUCAGGUACUGUAAUUCCUUAUGAACCAGCCAUGUUGAAGGACUAAACGGCUGUUGAACUGCCACUGAACAUCAAAUCCUCCAUGAGAUAUCACCAUGCUGUAGGUGUUCCCUCUGUAGAGCCUGUUAUCUGUGGGAAGUGUUUACUGUUAGACUUUCAUCAUUCUGUAAUAUCAAGUGAUUCCAGGGAUCAGUGUUUGCAUGCACACACUUAAAUUAAUCAUUGUGAAUUGGUAUUUAACUUGCUGAUAUUAAUGAAAAAAGUGUGAAGCCUUCUCAAAGCAAGCCUUUUUAACUUUGUGUACAGUAUAUUAAAAUCAGUUACCAAGGCCACAGACAACUAUAUAAUGUUUGAGGCUGUUUGGUUCAGUUCAGACUGACUGGGUCUUUGGCCGGAGGUGAAAACUGUCAAUUUUACCCUAUGGGGACCAAACAUUAUACUGCAGCUGGUAGACACAGGGACGCGGUUACUAAUGUCCCAGGGAAGAAGAGUCAUAAUCAAACCCUCCUUAUCAAUACAAAACGUUGAUCAGAUAGAUUCUACGAAUAGCUGUGUUAAUCAAGACCAAGUUAACUGCACCUAAACCUGCACCAGAAUACGAAAGAGCUACAAUUAAGGUACACUAUUGCUAUAGCUAUAAAUUAUAUUAUCAUUUAUGGUUUUUAUAUGCUUCCCUAUGCCAGGGGCAUUGAGCUAGCCCACAGCUGAGAGACUUUCUCGGAGAGCUACUCAUUUCAUCCCCUGGCAGGUUGCCAUUUAAAGGUGGCAUUAAGAUCCUGGUGGAUGUCUGUGUUUUUAUCGUUGGCAACACCUGGAAGCUUUGUGAGAUUCUCCUGAAUCCAUCUUUAUUCAUUUAUCAUUUCUAACAUUUGUUCACGUUAAUUGUGGGGUUUCUUUUUUUACUGAUUGUAAAGCACCCUAAGACAAAUGUAUAAAAGGCCCAUGUGAUAUCAAA